GAUGGAUGGAUGGCGUCAUGUGUGUCACCUUAGCAAUGAAGGAAGCAGCAAGCCGAGGAAGGGAAGGAAGGCAACGAAGGCUGAAAUUAAGCAAACCUACCGCCUCCUUCCUCUUCCGCACACCAAUUCAAUGCGCCGGUCACGAGUUAGUUGGCGCCAUAAAGUCUCUCUCCCUCCCCUUCUUCCUUUCUUCUUCUUCUUCUUCUUCUUUUCCCCUUCUCUCUCUCUCUCUCUCUCUCUCUCUCUCCCUCUCUCUCUCUCUCUCUCUCUCUCUUCAGCCUCUCUCUUUGAGUCUUGAGCAAUCUUCGUCUUCGGCGUCAUCGAGCCCCUCUCGAUCUCUGAAAUUCGUCAAGAUCUCUGUUUGUUUGUUUGUUUGUGAUCGAAAGUAAGUCGAGGAAGCUAGCGGGGGGAGGCGGGGAUAGAUGGAUCCGUCGGGCGCCUUCUCGCGGAGCUCCAGCAAUGUCUCCCUGUCGUCGCUGGUGAGGAGCGGCAGCGGCAGGGGCGGCGCCAACGGCGGGAGCAGGAGGAUGUUCAGCAGGAUCCUCCGCGGCGUCAUCACCUUCAUCUUCGCCAUCGCUGGUCUGUUCCUGGGCGCCGUCACCGGCGGGCUGAUCGGGCUCGCCACGGAGAGCGGCCUCUUCCGGGGCACCGGCAUCGGUGCCAUCACCGGCGCGCUCGUCUCCAUCGAGGUCGUCGACUCCUCCAUCCGCCUCUGGCGCUCCCGCCGCUCCGGGAUCUGGAGCAUCCUCUACGUCCUUAAUGUGAUCUACAGCCUCCUCACCGGCAGGCUCGUCCGCGAGAAAGUUGACCCGGCAGUGCAGCGGGUGGUCCGGAGCCAGAUGAACGCAGUGGACUCAUCACAGUUCAGGGACGCCCCUGACCUCUUCGAGAUCGAGGGCACCAACGGCAUGCCGAGGGCGUCCAUCGACAAGCUGCCCGAGGUCAGGAUCACCGAGGAGUACAACCGCAACGCCGUCGGUGACCUCUCCGGAUGCUCCGUCUGCCUCCAGGAUUUCCAGAUCGGCGAGAAGGUGCGGAGCUUGCCGGAUUGCUGGCACGUGUUCCACGUGCCGUGCAUCGACGGCUGGCUGAUCAAGCAUGGGUCCUGCCCUCUGUGCAGGAGGAAGCUCUAGAUCAUCAUCCAUUGUCGACAUCCUCGACGAAGCGAUGAUCAAGGAACGAACGAUGAUCAACUCUGCUUAUAUUAGUAAAGAGGCUCUGCUUGCUGCUUUGUAUGCUGUGCUGCGCGCUAUGCCUGUGUUUGCUGCUGCUGCUGUUAGGAGGCUGACAUAUCUAUAGAAACCAAGGAAGGAACCCUAAAAUUCUAUAUAGAGCAUUUUGUUUUGAUCUUUUCUUUUGAUGGAUGUAAUAUAGUAGUAGUAGUAGUACAGUAUGUCGAAAAACACGAAAAGCACUGGACCGGCUUGCGCUUUGUUUUGUUCUUCUCUCCA